UUACAAAUCUAUAAUAGAAGAUCCCAUUGUUAGGGUGCCCACUGUACCGCCGUCGUUGGACUCUGCAUCUCUGCCUGUCCUUGUCGAUAAUGACGGCGUUAAUGGCCGGGCAAUUAUCCAUUUUUUUUUGUUUUAAGAUUGGGCAACGUCGUCGUCUGAAUUUCAGCUGCCACUCCUCCUCCUGCCCCUGCCUCUUCCUCGUUUGUAUUUGCGCCACGUACAGGAGAAACAUGGAAUCCAGGAAUCAAUCUCAGCAUACCUGGCAUAAUUUUCGAGUUUUGCUAAAUGCAUUUUGGGGGCUACAAAAUAUUCAUGAGUCUCCGCCAGAAAAGGGCUUCUUCUUCGUUGGGCAUGUCUGGCGGUGGACGACUAGUUGGACGGGUUCCCAAAACCGCAGACGCCAGGCAUCGAAACAAAAUAAUACAACAAAAUCCGGUUUUUAUUUCAUUUCAAGUUAGAAAAUACAAGGCAUUAAGAUUUCUCACUGUGUACUCAAUGAUCAUAGAGGUAAUACUCGUUAUGGGCUUGACUAACCGCAAGGUGUACUUCAAGAUGUUAAUGGAACCGGACUUUGGACCCCAGCCCUGCUCGACCCCAGACUCGAGACUCUUCCCAAAGCGCAGCGAUGACGAGGCCCGGUCUUCUUCUGGUCCCCUCAGUUGGCAACGACAAUUCCUCUUAUCGCGGAGAAAGAGUGGGAGGAGGAGAGAGAGAGGGAGGCAGAGACCCAUAAAGGCUAACUAUAAACGUAAUCAAGAAUUUGACGUACAGGCAGUGCUAUAAAAAAAAUUGAAUGACUUAAUAAAAACACAAAGAGAGAGGGGAGAAAUUAACUCUGAAAGUGGGAGAGAG